CGGUGCUUCCUGUCACACAGUAAACAGUAGAGGAGCUGUUCUUCUCUUGGUUCCUCAUAGACUGAGACAUGUCGGAGUCCCCGGACACAGGCAGCCUCCUCUCUGCCUCCUCACAGCUGAACCUGAUGGAGGUGGACACGAUUGAUGAUAAGGAGUUUGACAUUCCUCAAGUGGACACACCUCCCACACUGGAGAGCAUCCUCAAUGAGCUGGAUGAUGAGGAGGAACCGUUUGUCCUGGAGGACACGUGUGUGCUGAGCGCAGACAACAUGGACGCUCACUCCUGUGACACGUCCUCUCUGGCCAGCUCGGACAGCGGAGACCCCGCCCAUCUCAAACGAAAAAAGAGGACCGUGGACCUGAACACCACAGUGCAUGGAUCUGUUCUUCGACACAGUCUGCUGAAGGGCAUUUCUGCACAGAUCGUCUCUGCUGCUGACAAAGUGGAUGCCGGGCUGCCGACUGCCAUAACGGUGUCAGGUGUGAUUGCUGUGGGGACUUCUCAUGGUCUGGCUUUGGUCUUUGAUACCAACCAGGCCCUGCGGCUCUGUCUGGGCACCAAGACGACUGGGGCAGAGUUUGGAGCUGUCUCCGCCCUCAGCAUCAACCACGACUGUUCACGGCUUUUGUGCGGGUUUGCCAAAGGACAGAUCACAAUGUGGGAUCUGGCCAAUGGGAAGCUUCUGAGAACGAUCACAGAUGCUCACCCUCCAGGGACAGCGAUACUGCAUCUGAAGUUCACAGAUGAUCCGACUCUUGCAGUGUGCAAUGACAGUGGAGGAUCGGUGUUUGAGCUGGCGUUCAGGAGGGUGAUGGGGAUGCGCUCCUGUGACUCCCGCUGUCUCUUCAGUGGCUCUAAAGGAGAAGUGUGCUGUAUUGAGCCUCUGCGUGCUCCUCCAGACUUCAGAGACCAUCCCAUCACACACUACUCUCUGCUGGCUAUGGCCUCUCUCACCAAAAUUCUGGUCAUUGGACUGAAGCCCUCCCUUAAAGUCUGGAUGACCUUUCCUUACAGCAAGUCUGAUCCAUCCAGUGUUCCUCAGCUCGCCUGGCAGUUUGUUCCAGUUCAGAAGACCAUUAACCCAGUCCUGGCUUUUUGCAAAGGAGAUACAGUCCACUUCCUGCUGGUUAAGAAGGAGGAGACGGGGACGAUCCACGUCAUCAAACAAAGACAACUCCACCUCAGCUGUGACAUCAUCAGCCUGAGUUGGAUCAACAGUCGUACUCUGGUCCUGGUGGACAGCCAUGAAAAGCUUCAUGUGGUGGACCGGCCCAGUCAGGAGGUUCUGGAGACUCAGGACCUGGAGCAGGUGCAGCUGGUCUACAACAGCCGACAUUUCAAAUCCCUGGCUACAGGAGGAAACGUCUCGCAGGCUCUGGCUUUAGUUGGAGAGAAGGCCUGCUACCAGUCAGUCUCAAGCUACGCAGGACAGAUUGUCUAUUUAGGCACUAAGUCAGCUCACAUUAUGACUCUACGCAACUGGAGAGAGCGUAUUGACUGCCUGCUCAAACAGGAGCAUUUUGUGGAGGCACUGUCUUUGGCUUGGUCCUUCCAUGAGGGCACAGCUAAGGCUGUGGUCGGUUUGUUUGGGGAUCCAGUAAAAAGGAAGGGAGUGAUAGCUGACAAGAUGGUCGAGAUCCUCUGCCAGUUUACUGAACAUGCUCUGAAGAAGUGUCCAGAACAUGGAAAAAUCCAAGUGAUGGAGCAACAUUUCCACGAUGUUGUUCCAGUCCUGGUGGAUUACUGCCUGCUGCUACAGAGAGCCGACCUGCUGUUUAACCAGCUGUAUUCUCGGCUGCUGGAGAACUCGGUUGCUAAGGGAGUUUUCCUGGAGUGUCUGGAGUCGUACAUCGUCACCGAACGCCUCGGUCAUCUCACCACCCCCAUCAUGAAGGACCUCCUUGCUCAUUACCAUGGAAACGGCAUGAUGGACAGUUUGGAGCGAUGCAUCGUUCAUCUGGACAUCACCAGUCUGGACAUACAGCAGGUUGUCCGUGUGUGUUGGGAGAACCAGCUCUAUGAUGCGAUGAUGUACGUGUUCACCAGUGGCAUGAAUGACUACAUUACACCUAUGGAGAAACUGUUUGCAGUGAUUGGACCACCACUCGGGGAGGGGAGGAGCCUAACAGAUGAGGAAGUGGUGAUGGGAAACAAACUCCUGGUUUACAUAAGCUGUUGCCUUGCAGGAAGGGCAUAUCCACUGGGUGAAAUUCCUGAAGACCUUGUGAUUCAAGUCAAGAACCAGGUGUUUGAGUUCCUGAUCCGUCUCCACUCAGCUGACUCGUCAGAGGAGGAGGAGGUUUUCCCAUUUAUCCGCACACUCCUUCACUUUGACACCCGUGAGUUCCUCAAUGUCCUUGCCAUGACAUUUGAGGACUUUAAGAAUGACAAGCAGGCCCUUGAGUACCAGCAGAGGAUUGUGGACAUCUUACUUCAGGUGAUGGUAGACAACCCAGAUUUUACUCCCUCCCAGGUGGGCGGGCUCUUUACCUUUUUGGCUCGACAACUGGCCAAGCCAGACAACACACUUUUUGUCAACAGGAAGCUCUUUGAUCAGGUUCUGGAGUUCCUCUGUUGCCCUGACGACGACUCCCGGCACACAGAGAGGCAGCAGGUGCUGCUGGAGCUGCUGCAUGUUGGUGGCGUCGUCCAGUUUAAUGAAGAAAGGCUGUUGGCCUUGGCGGAGAAGGCCAAGUUCUACCAGAUCUGUGAAUUUCUGUAUGAGAAGAGACAUCUCUAUGACAGGAUCAUUGACUGCUACCUGAGAGACUCGCUCAGAAAGGGUGAAAUCUUCAGCUAUAUCCACAAUCUGCUGUCCAUGCCUGGCUACAGUCCUGAGGAGAAGCAAGCAGUCAAGGGCAAAGCUCUGCAGCACAUUCAGGAGCUGGUGACCCUUGACCCCGCCAAAUCAGCUGACAUAGUGUUGUUUCACCUCACUGGGGAGGUGCAGCAGAUCAUCUCUCAGCUUCAGGAUGAUGAGCUCAUUUUCAAAUUCCUCAGCUGCCUCUUGGAGCCCAGGGAGGGUCAUCAUUCACAGACCGCCCUGCCUCGGGAACGGGACCUCCAUGAGCUCCAGCUGGACCUACUUUGCCGCUUCGCACCCGAGCAGCUCCUGAGCUUCCUGCAGACCUCCCAGCACUACAGACUGGAGGAGGCUAUACAAAUAACACAGAAACACCACCACAACGAGGCCACAGCUUAUCUGCUGGAGAAGAAGGGAGAUGUUCAUGGAGCCUUCACUGUCUUGUUAGAGACGCUGAAGGACAGACUGUGUUUCCUCACUGCAGAGCAGGACACUAGAGGAGGAGGAGGAGGAGGAGGAGACAGGUGGCAGGAUGAUGGUGGCGAUUCCACACUGACCAGAGUAAAGGAGUCACUGAAUGACAUCAUCUCCCUGUGUCAGCGAAGCUCACACAGCUUAUAUGAGCAACAACGAGAGGUUCUGUGGUUCCCUCUUCUGGAGGCCAUGAUGGAUUCUCAGAAACAAAUAAAAGGCUCUAAUGCCAAACAAACCUCUGAAGUGCUGAAGGAGCUGACCAUGAAGGUUCUCAACUGUAUGAGCAGCUUCAUUCCUCUGCCUGCCAUCAUCCAACGAAUACUACAGGACCCAGUUUAUGGGAAAGGAAAACUGGCAGAGAUCCAAGGCCUUAUUCUGGGAAUGCUGGACACUUUUAACUAUGAACAGACUUUACUUGAAACAACCACCAGUCUGUUGAACCAUGACCUCCACUGGUCCCUUGCUCACCUUCGCGCCGCUGUCACGAGGGGACUCCACCCUCGCCAGGAUCACUGUAACAUCUGCCUGCAGCAGUACAAGAGGAGGCAGGACUCAGCUGAAGAGAUCAUCGUGUUCAGCUGCGGUCACCUGUACCACGUUCAGUGCCUGCAGCAGAAGGACUGUGGGAGGAGCCUGUCCUCACAUCAGCAGCAGCAGCAGCAACGAUGGAGCUGCUACAAGUGUUCGUCCAGCCACGGAGGAAAAGCAGUGUCCUCCACUGAAACUAAGAGAGGACGCAGCACUUCUCUGGCACAGAAUCGUGUUACAUCCAUGCAUCAUGAUGCAGGAGCAGAGGCUCACAGGAAGAAGUUUUUUGUUGAAGCAUCACUGGACCCUCAGCAGGAACAGUCCUGGGAUCAGCUGCGCUGUUUAUACCGAGGACCAUCCAGGUUGUCCAUCCUUUCAGAACUCUCCCACUGCCAUAGCAAUGAGAGGGCGGGGCUUCUGAUUACCGCCCGACCAGGAGCAGAGAGUUUGCAGCUGAAGCUCUCUCCUCCUCCUCUGCUGGAGGAGUAACAACAAUCAGCUUUUUCUACCUUUGUCCAUCUCACUGGAUUUCUUCUCAUUUCACUGUGGAUUGUCAAUGUCUUCUUUGUUGUGAUACAUUUGAUUGAGAUUGUGUAACAAGUGUACAUAUAUGUACACCUAUAUGUGUAUAUAUAUAAAUACAUAUACAUAUAUAUACAUAUAUAAACAUAUAUAUGUAUAUAUACGUAUAUGUAUGUAUAUGUAUAUGUGUAAGCAAGGAUUCAAAUGAAUGGACAUUUAACCGACAGCAUCAUUUCACAAAGAGGGACUCUGAUGUUGUCCUUGUUUACAAUAUUCACUGAACCACUGGCACAAAUGAUCAGACAGAGUAACAACUUAAAAACAAGCCUCUGUCGGCCUCUGCUGGUCAUAUUGGCAAGUGUGGAAACACAGACAGACAGACAGACAGACAGACAGACACGCAGAGCCACUAAAACAAUACUUCACUCUCACUCUGUGAGGUGAAGUAAUAAUGCACCUAACAAAGCAAUAAUGAAAUUAUUAAACACUGGAUAUCUGAAGCAAGAUGUAACAAAUAUGGAGGGAGACAUUAAAGGAUUCAUUUGACCUGCUCUAGAUCACAAAUUCAAACCAGGAACCAGUGAUGCAGAAUGCAGAAGAUGCUGGAACAGGACCAUUACAGCAGUGUGCACACUAACUCACAGGGGACACUUUCAAAGUUUCAUAGAAUUACAAAAGAAAUUUGGAUUUAAAAAUAAAGACUUUUUUACAUACCUGCAAAUAUGAGAUUAUUAUGAUAAAAGAGUAAAACCAACAUUGUCUGAGGUGUGAUAGAUAUUCUGACUGAUACCUGUAGAAGUAAGAAACUGAAUAUAAAAUCAACUGAACUACUGUUCUUGGAUUACAAACUGGGGCCAGUUCUCUGAACCGGAGCCUUGUUCAAUGAUUUGACGUUACAUCCACUCUACUCCUGGGGUCUGUGUCGUACUACUUCCAUCCAUCCAUUAUCUACUGCUUUAUCCUCCACAGGAAGGUCACGGGGGUGCUGUGCCAAUCUCAGUUGACAUAGGGCAGUAGGCAGGUCACACCCUGUGUCACACCCUGUGUCACACCCUGGACAGUUCAAGAGUCCAUCGCAGGGCCACAUAUAGCAACAAACAACCAUAGAGUAAUCAGUUUACCUAAUCUCCAUAUUGUAUGUUUUUGGACUGUGGGAGGAAGCCGGAGAAAACCCACGCACACACGGGGAGAACAUGCAAACUCCAUGCAGAAAGACCCUUGUUCCACCCUGGACUUAAAGCCAGGUCUUCUUGCUGCAAAGGCAGGAGUGCUAACCACUACACCAACUGUGUGGCCCCAUAUUGUACAACUUAAGAAAAUGUUGUCCUGUAUUACUUUAAGGUUAUAAAUGGAAAAUGAGUGAAAGAAAAUCAAGCAUUAACUUUAAUAAAGCGGAAAACAAUGAAUACUCUGUACAUGUGCUCUGAAUAAGUGUAGGAUAAAAUUGUAGUUGUGCAAGCUAAGCCCCAGAGGGUGAUGUGUUUGUGUUGCACGUGAGGAAGGGUCGUCUCCUCCUCACACAGCGACGGGCUCCAGCAGGGCAUCCCACCGCCGCCUCCUCCUCCUCAGCUCACAAGGAACAUCAGGUCGCUCCUCACCACAGCUCAGUUACUGUUUCUGUAUAUUGUGUCGCAGCCUGGACGAGAUGAUGAGCACGAUAGUGAUGAUGAUAAUUGUUAUUAAUGUUAUUGAUUCAUGAAAUACACCCAGCUGUUCCUGGUCA